AGUCGGCUUGAAAAUAAUCUGUAGAUGUUGAGACAUGCGCAGAUGCGGGAUGAUGCCAUAUUGGACACACACAUACACACACCGCUCCUGCUUCAACCAGAGCACCGGAUCACUCAAUUCAGAUAGACGGAAAAAACUCGCAUAAGGCAUGGAUUGUGUAGAGGAGGAGGUGGAUUUUAACUGGGAGGAGUACCUUGAAGAAACUGGAGCCACUGCCGCCCCUCACACUUCAUUCAGACAUGUGGAGCUCAGUCUUCAGAGCAGCUUUCAGCCUGGAAUGAAGCUUGAAGUAGCUAAUAAAGGCAGUCUGGAUACAUAUUGGGUGGCCACCAUUAUAACCACAUGUGGUCAGUUGCUAUUGUUACGCUACUGUGGCUAUGGCGACGACCGCAAGGCGGACUUCUGGUGUGACGUCAUGACAGCCGAACUUCAUCCUGUCGGCUGGUGCGCUCAGAACCACAAAACGCUUCAGCCACCUGAAGAUAACGUUUACCUCAGAGCAGCUAUUAAAGAGAAGUACAGUGACUGGACUGAGUUUCUCGUCAAAGAGCUCACAGGUUCACGGACGGCGCCGGCAAACCUGCUUGAAGGGCCAUUAAGAGGUAAAAACACAGUGGAUCUGAUUGUGGUAGGCUGUAUUUUGGAGGUGCGUGAUGCCGUUGAACCCACUGUGUAUUGGGCGGCACGAGUCCAGCGUAAUGUCGGUGGACGUUUAUGCCUCAGAUAUGUUGGAUUAAAUGACCCGGGCUACGACAUGUGGAUGUUCUACCUUGACACCAGGCUUCGCCCCCUGGGCUGGGCCAAGGAGAAUAAUCUAUCAAUGAAACCACCCACAGAUCAGUGUCAUUUGAGGAGCAGUUCAGAAUGGACUGAAGCUUUAGAUGAAGCCACAGCUGAAGCCUUGAAAAGUCCACUUCCACUGGAGGUCUUCAAGGAUCAUGCUGACCUACACACACACUCCUUCAGGGCAGGAAUGAAGCUUGAAAUGGUGUCACCCGUGGAACCCUUCCACAUCUGCCCUGUGUCUGUAACUAAAGUCUAUAAUGAAUACUACUUUCAGAUCAGAGUUGAUGACCUCACAGUUGAAGCCACGCCCACUUUUGUGGUGUGUCACGCUGAGUCACCGGGCAUCCUGCCAGUCCAGUGGUGUUUGAAGAAUGGAGUUGGACUGGAGAGGCCACAAGGUUUUGAGUCACAGGACUUCGACUGGGCGGACUAUCUCAAACACACGGGCGCUGAAGCCGCUCCAGACGUGUGUUUCCCAAACGCGUCUCAGAGCAGGGGCUUCUGUAAGGAUAUGUGGCUUGAGGCCGUGAAUCCCCUCCAACCUUCCGAACUCUGCGUCGCUCGCAUCACUCAGGUCAAAGGUCGGCUUCUCUGGCUCAGACUGGAAGGUCUGACUAAGCCGUUACCAGAUUGUAUAAUGGAUGUUGAGAGUAUGAAUAUCUUCCCUGUGGGCUGGUGUGAAGCUAACGGCUAUCCGCUAACACAUUUACUAAAGACAGUCUGUUUGCCUCAAAAAAAGAUUGCUGUUGUUCAGCCUGAGAAACAGUUGGCCCCCUCACAGCCUCCUGAUGCCCCUCUUAACCUGUGCUCAUCCAUCACCACAGAUACAGGUUUGGUGAAUGGAAAGUACUGUUGUUCUCAGCUCUUUAUCAACCAUCGCUGUUUCUCCGGUCCGUAUCUCAACAAAGGCCGAAUUGCUGAGUUACCAAAGGCCGUUGGGCCCGGAAAGUGCGCUGUAGUCCUCAAAGAGAUUCUGACAAUGUUAAUAAACUCAGCAUAUAAACCUGGCCGUGUGCUCAGAGAACUACAGAUGGUGGAAGACCCACAGUGGAACUGUCAGGAGGAAACCUUGAAAGCCAAAUAUAAAGGGAAAAGCUAUCGGUCCACCAUGAGGAUCGUCCGAACGGCAGAUCAAGUUUCAGAGUUUUGUCGUCGAGUAUGCGAGAGACUUCAGUGUUGUCCGAAUCUUUUCGGCCCAACGAUCGUGUCCGACAAGUGCCCUGAAAACUGCUUCAGCCAGACCAAAACCAAAUACACAUAUUACAAGAAGAGGAAAGUUGGUCGUCCGAGUUUAGGAGAGAGUGCACAGGACGGAGACAUGACCAAACCAGCACGACGCCGAAAGAAACGCAAAGCCAUCUUUGUCCAGAAGAAACGGCGCACUUCCAUUGUAGGAUACCACACCACAGAGUCACCUCAGGAUAGCGAUUAUUACUAUGAUGAUGAGGAUGAAGAUUUUGAGGAGUGGGGCAGUGAGGCGAGUUCCAGCUCACCGCGUGAGGAGUCCUCUGCCCACUCCUAUAAGGACGUCCCGAGGAGAGGAAGACCACCGCGCCGUGCUGCUCUUCAGCGCAGGGCGACCCAUCCAGGGCCAGAGACCUCAGACAGAUCCUCUCCCAGAAGAACCACACGCUCGGUUUCUUUCAGUCAGAACCAGACGGCCAAAAACACAAACACAAAGAGUGAGAGUUUUGAAGAGGAAGAUCGUCUGGUGUUGGAGAGGAAUCCUCUGGAAUGGAGUGUGUCUGAUGUGGUUGAUUUCAUCACAUCCACAGAUUGUGCCUCUCUAGCGAAAAUAUUCCAAGAGCAGGACAUUGAUGGACAGGCCCUGUUGCUGCUGACCCUUCCUACAGUCCAAGAAUGUAUGGACCUAAAGCUCGGCCCCGCCAUCAAACUCUGUCAUCAGAUCGAGCGAGUCAAAGUGGCCUUCUACUCCCAGUUCGCUAACUAAGCUACCUUCUGCCCCGGCGGAUGUAAAUCAACAGACACCUAUUGUCCUCAGGGGAUGUAAAGAGUCAUUCCAUCUGUCAGGAAACCUCAGGUUGCCUCAUCCGAAUUGAUUCUUUUCCCAUCAUUUGCCUUCAAUAUGAGAUUUAGUCAUGGAAUAUGAUAGCAUUUCUGCUUACCCUGCUAAAGAAAACAGCUGAAGGUUAAUGGUCUUAGCUGGUUUGAGCCAGUCUACCUGGUCUCCCAGCCAAGUCAAACUGGUUUUUAGAGGACUUAACUGUACGGCCAGCUGGACAAGUACCAAAAACCUCAUUAAAGCCAUCAAAAUAGCUUCAAGAACUUCACACUCUUAAAAAUAAAGGUUCCAAAUGAGGGUUUUCACAGAGAUGCCAUAGAAGAACCAUUUUUGGUUCCUCAAAGAAUCUUUCAGUGAUUAGUUCUUUUUUGUUUCUUCUUUAUUUUAAAUUCUAAAAAACAUUUUUUUCCACUACACAGAAACUUUUGUGGAAUAAAAAGGUUUCCAUAGAUGUUCUUCAUGGAACCAUAGAUGCCAGUAAAGAACCUUUAUUUUUUAAGAGUGUAGUUUUUUCAGCCGUGUGGUGAAUCCUUGAAGACUAACCAAACCAUCUAGAGAAGGUUUAGGUUUGGUUGGAUUUCCAGAAGUUUCUUAAGAGCAUUUCUAGGAUGAAUAGAGCAUUGAAGAUCUCGGAAUAAGAAUACGUCUAAACUGAAAGGCAGUUCAACUGUGAAAAACCUCCAACCCUUGAGUUCACUGCAAAUAUCUGAAAUUUUAUUCGUCUUUUAAGACCAAAUUAUAUUUAUAAUGGCGAAUUAUAUAUGAAGUAUUAACUUCGGAAGUGAACUAAUAUAUUUGUAAUAUUUAUUUUGUUCUGAUAAACUAUUUUUAUAAUGUUUGUUAGGAGGUUAGUGGCGGUUUAACGCCUGAAAAAUCUACUUUGGGCAUUAUGAAUUAGGAAAUAUUAGUAUCAAGACUGAUAUUUGAUAUAAACUUACUGUGUUGGUUUAUAUGUUGUGUGUUCAUGCAUACACACAUACAAUUGAGUCAAAAGUUUACAUACACCUUACAGUAUCUGCAAAUGUGAAUGUUUUUACCAAAAUAAGAGGGAUCAUGCAAAAUGCAUGUUAUUUUUUACUGACCUGAGUAAGAUAUUUCACAUUAAAAAAACAUACAUAUAGUCCACAAGAGAAAAUAAUAGAUGAAUUUAUAAAAAUGACCCUGUUUAAAAGUUUACAAAUGCUUGAUUCUUAAUACUGUGUUGUUACCUGAAUGAUCCACAGCUGUUUUUGUUGUUUAGUGAUAGUAGUUCAUGAGUCCCUUGUUUGUCCUGAACAGCCCUCUGUUCUUUAGAAAAAUCCUUCAGGUCCCACAAAUUAUUUGGUUUUUCAGCAUUAUUGUGCAUUUGAACCAUUUCAAAUAAUGACUGUAUGAUUUUAAAAUCUAUCUUUUCACACUGAGAACAACUGAGGGACUCACAUGCAACUAUUACAGAAGCUUCAAACACUCACUGAUGCUUUAGAAGGAAACACGAUGCAUUAGGAGCCAGGGGGUGAAAACUUUUGAAAUUUGAAGAUCAGGGUGAAUUUAACUUAUUUUGUCCUCUGGGGAACAUGUAAGUAUCUUCUGUAGCUUCUGACAGGCAGUACUAAAUGAAAAAAAAAAAAAAAGAUAUUUAGGGAAAAUAAGAAAAAUGUACACAUCUUCAUUCUGUUCAAAAGUUUUCACCCCCGGCUCUUAAAGCAUUUUGUUUCCUUCUGGAGCAUCAGUGAGUGUUUGAACCUUCUGUAAUAGUUGCAUAUGAGUCACUCAGUUGUCCUCAGUGUGUAAAGAUGGAUCUCAAAAUCAUACGGUCAUUGUUGGAAAGGGUUCAAAUACACCGAAAAUGCUGGGAAACCAAAGAAUUUGUGGGACCUAAAGGAUUUUUCUGAAGAAUAGCAGGCAGUUAAACUGUUCAGGACAAACAAGGGACUCAUGAACAACUAUCACUAAACAAAUCACUAAGUAUAAAGAAUCAAGUAUACAGUAUGUAAACUUUUGCACUGCGUCAAUUUUAUAAAUUUAACUAUUAUCUUUACUCUAUUUUAUUCAGGUCAGUACUAUAUAAAAAAUAACAUGUAUUUUGUAUAAUCCCUCUUAUUUUGCUAAAAUAAUUACCAUUUUGCAGAAGGUGUAUGUAAACUUUUGACCUCAACUGUACAUAACUCUACACACGUUUGUUUUCCCCAAAAUACAUGCCUGUUGUUUGUCUAACACGUAUUGUUUCUCUAUAAAAUUCAAGGGCAAGAACAUUUUUAAAGAGCUGCCUUUAGUCAUGGCCUGUCUAUAUUUCAUGUAAAUGUAAUUUUGAUCUAUGCAAAAUUGGAUAUGUUUUCUAUAUAUAUUUUUUGUUUGUAAUGACUUUGAUAGUGAUAUAUUUUUUACUUCUCUGUUGUACGACACUUAUUUUGAUCAAGUAGAAUGUAUUAAAAUUUGAUUAACUGCU